GAAAUAAAAAUCAAUCCCCAAUUUUCAAACAGAUACAUGAAUUUAUAUCAAAGCUCUCUGAAAAUUUUGUCAAAUAAUCAAUUAAUGAAAAAGAUUUAAAGGCAGCAUAACAAAAGUAUGAAACAUCGAUUGAAUUCAGUGCGUGGGUUAGUAACUAAUAAAUUCUUCUACUCCAACACUCAUUGGAUGAAUAAAGUGGAAUCUAAUAGUCCAGUUCCUGCAACUUAUCGCGAAUUCUCUUUCGAGAAGAAAUUGAGUCCCCAAAUCUUAAACACCUUCAGCAUAAAUGUCGAAACAAAUCAAGCAUCAAAUACGGUUUAUAAAUCAACCACCAAUCCAAAAAAGUUGGCACUUAAUUUGAAUCUUCCCCCUUGCAUGGCUUCUACUUACGUUCCAGCUCAAAUAGAAGGGAUUGUCCAGCAAGCGUGGGAAGAAUGGUACCAAACUCACAAAGCCUUGACCAACUCUCAUUUGAACGAAUCGGACGUGCCCAACUGGUCACCAAACUGUUUCGCCAUAUGUUUACCUCCCAUUAAUAUAACGGGUCAUUUGCAUUUGGGCCACGCUCUGACCUGCGCUAUCCAAGAUUGCAUCGUCAGGUGGAACAGGAUGCGAAAUUUUGAUGUUCGCUGGCUUCCGGGAUUCGACCACGCGGGUAUAGCGACAGAGGUACGAGUGGAGUUGCAUCUCAAACGCAAAUCUGGCGAGAAGGGGCCGAAGCUAGAUCGACUUACUUUGGGGAGAAAGGAGUUUAUCGAUAGGGUUCAUCAGUGGAAGCGGGAAAAAAUUCAAGUGAUCUCCGGUCAGUUGAGGAAGAUGGGUCUUUGCAUGGAAUGGCCCUUGGAUGCUAAUUAUUAUCAAUUUUCCGAUAUCGUAUCAAAAAAACCAAAUAAUCAUAUGUUCGACUACCCCUUCACCUUGGACCAUAACUUCCGAAAGGUAGUUCAAGGUGCCUUUCAAAGUUUAGAUAGUCGAGGAUUGAUAUACAGAUCUCAACGCUUGGUCAAUUGGUGCUGUCACUUGAGAACGGCUAUUUCCGACUUGGAAGUUCAAAAGAUUAGGGUUAACGGUCCUACUAUAAUGAGCUUGCCGGAUUACCAAGCCGAUGCGAAUACGAAAAAAUUUCGGAGAGUAAAAUUCGGCCAAAUCUGGGCUAUACGGUACCCUCUAUAUUCAGCUGAUAAUAGUAGAUUACUAGGUAACAGUCCGAGUUAUUUAACAGUUCACACGACGCGUCCAGAGACUAUAAUGAAUGACGUGGCUUUAGCCGUCAAUCCCAACGAUACAAGAUUUCCUUAUUACAAUGUCCAAGGACUGAAAGUACUCCACCCUUUAUCCGAAUAUUACAAAACGCCAAAAUUUCUACCAGUCAUAUACGAUGCCAGAGUCGAUCCACACAAAGGGUCAGGUAUAUUGAAAGUCUCACCGGCUCACGACGUAUUAGAUUACGAAAUAUACCACACACACUUGAACAAGAUACAUGACACCACUAUAGAUGCUGAUACCACCAUAUCUUCCAUAUUCUGCGACGAUGGCACCAUUAGACCGGGAUUAUAUGGUGAAGGCACUGAUAGAUUCCAUGCCAGACUUGAAAUACUUAGCUACCUUUCUACCCGUACGUUCGAAUCUCAUUCCAAUCAUUUUAUCCCGUUCUUCCAAGAUUAUUACGACUUUCCUACAUACCUCGAGGUAUGCAGUAGGUCUGGGGACGUGAUAGAACCUAUGGCCAAACCCCAAUGGUAUCUCAAAUGUAGUGGUGAUAUGGCGCGAAAUUUGCUGGAGCAGGUAAUGAAAUCCAAGAUAACUAUAGUCCCCUCGAAUAAUAAAUUGUUUGGGAAGGAAAGCAUGAUUGAAUGGUUGUCGAAUUUGAAGGAUUGGUGUCUAUCCAGACAAAUAUGGUGGGGGCACAGAAUUCCAGCAUUUUAUUUCACAGAUCCAGAUGUCAAUGGGAACUUGAAAAGGAUUGUCCAUGAUAAAUCGACUCCAAUUCACCAAUCUAAUGAUAUAACUUAUAUAAUAGCUUCGAAUAAUGACCAGGCUUACGAAAAAGCAUUUAACUUAUUAAAUAAUACAACUCCUUAUAAAAGUCUGGUCGAUUUUAAAGAAUGCGUGAAAAUAUUCCAAGACGAAGACGUUUUUGACACCUGGUUCUCCUCCGCUCUAUACCCUUUAGGCUUAUCCGAUCGGCUCGGCCAUACAAAUAAUCUUAUUCUUCCUGAUAUUAGAGCAAGUAACCAUGGAGUGGGGACUUCUUUAAUAAAAAAUAAUAAUAACGAUUACAGAUAUCAAUGCCCUUUGUCAUUGAUGGAGACUGGUUUCGACAUAAGACAUUUGUGGGUCACCAGAUUACUAUUAUUAGGACUGGAAUUAACCGGGACAUUGCCAUUUAACGAGAUAUUAUAUCAUGGCAUAGUCAACGACACUUACGGUAGGAAGAUGAGUAAAUCAUUGGGCAAUGUCGUCGAUCCGGUAGAUGUCAUAAAUGGGGCCAGUUUGAAAGAUCUUAGGACCAACUUGUUAUCAGAUACCCUUAGUGACCAAGAAAAAGAAAAGGCUUUAAAAGGGCAAAAACAAAUGUUUCCUAACGGUAUUCCUGCCUGCGGUGCCGACGCUUUAAAAUUCGCCUUGUUACACAGCAAUAUUAAAUCCCAAGUCGUUAAGAUCGACGUUAGCAGAAUAGCCGAGUUCCGGAAAUUGGGUAAUAAAAUUUGGCAAGCGGCUAGAUAUUAUUUUCACGCUCUCUCGAAACUCGACGACACUAUAGGUCUUCGUUUAAAUCACGAAGAACCCGUUUCCAUAGGAAACGUUGAAGAUCUCUGGAUCUUGAGUAGAUUAGAUUGGUUAAUAGAGAAAUGUCACGUUUCUCUAAAUGGUUCCAAAAAGGAGGCGGUAAGAAAUGACGAUGUCGAAGAAAGUGAAAAAUACGAUUUUCAUUUGGCUGCCGAGGCCUUGAGACAUUUUUGGCUCGAAGAAUUUUGCGACGUUUACAUAGAAUCAUCUAAAGCCAUAUUGUUCAAUCAGGACCCUGACAAACGCUGUAUAGAUUCUAUGCGAUCAACUCUCUUCACACUUCAUGCAUGUCUUAACCUUGGUCUAAGGUUAACCCACCCUUUUAUGCCCCACAUUACAGAAGCCUUAUGGUUUUACACCAACAAAUCUAAUAUAAAUCCUUUCGUAAAUGACUUGGAUCCACAAUUAAAAACUUUACCACUGGGCUUACUGACAUAUCCCGAGCCUGGCCUUCUCAAUUUACAAUUAUAUGGUGAUACAUCUAUUAAAACCAACCAAGCAGGGGAAGUAAUUAUCAAAAAAUUUUAUGAGCCACCACUCGAAAAUAUUUCUAUUAGGAAUACUCACCUGGAAACACGCGUAGGGUUAAUACUAGAUCUCGCUUCAGCGGUUAGAUCACUCAAACAAAAACUAAAUAUGGCUAAUCGUGAAAAACCUAUCCUAGAGUUAUAUAUUAAACCGAAAUGUCAUCAAAAUAAUGAUGAGAAUGAUAUACAACCUAUUAUCUACGAUUAUAUGGAUCCUAAGAGCGACUUUUUCGAUAAAAGUUACAUUCGCAUGUUUAAGACUCUUUCUAGAUGUUCAGACGCUGAGAUCAAAUAUAUUUAUAAAGAACAUGAAAAUGAUGAUACUAUUCAUUCUUUUAAUACUCAAAUUUAUUAUAAAAUUCGCCAAUCAUAA